UUUCAUUCUUCUCUCUCGUCGUCCACUGAGCUGCUGAUGAACCAGCUUCAUCUGCUUUUCCUGCAGUUUCCUCAACAUCUCCGAGUCUCUGCUGAACACAGUGCAGACAUGUCUGCUGCCGGCAGCCGGCUGACUGAGGAUCAGCUUCUGUGCUCCAUCUGUCUGGAAGUUUUCACCGAUCCGGUCAGCACGCCAUGCGGACACAACUUCUGCAAAGCCUGCAUCACCCAGCACCUGAGCAAGGACGUCCCGUUUCAGUGUCCCAUCUGUCAGAAGAUGUUCUUCCCCAAACCGGAGCUGCAGGUCAACACGCUGAUGGCAGAGAUGGUGGAUGUGUUCAGACGUUCUGCUGGAGGAGGUGGACCAGAUCAAGCUGCUGACCCAGCAGAGCUUCACUGUGACUCCUGCUCUGGAACGAAGAGGAAAGCCCUGGUUUUCUGUGUGCUUUGGGCAUUUGUCUGUGUUGUUUUCUCCCAACACGAGCUACCUCUGACACAAGAAAACCUUCAGGAAGUUAUUGAGGAUAUUCGAAUGAAGAUGGAGGAGGUCAAACUUUCAUUGCAGCUCAGUAAAGAAGACGCAUGCGGCCAUCAGACCACCGGCUCUCUGAAGGAAUCUGUUGACAGAGUCCUGCAGGAGCUCACAGAGAAGCAGAGGACAUCAGAGAUGGAGAUGGAGCAGAAAUUUGCAGAGAUGAUGAAGAGGGAAAUUCCCAAACUGCUCAUGAGGGUGGAGCUGAUGAAAGUCCAACACUACACGGUGGAUGUGACUCUGGAUCCUGAAACGCCGUGUCCCCAGCUCAUCGUGUCUGACGACGGGAAGCAAGUCAGAUGCUGUGAUGCUAGUCUUUUAUACAACCCAUGGAGGUGUGCAUAUCAUGCUCAUGUCUUAGGACGGCAGAGCUUCUUCUCAGGCAAAUUUUACUUUGAAGUGCAGGUGAAAGGAAAGACCGAGUGGACUUUAGGAGUCACCCAAGAGACGGUGAACAGGAGGGGAGACGUGCCGCUGCGCCCUCAGGAUGGGUACUGGACCAUAUGGCUGAGAAACAGAAGCGAGUACAGAGCUCUGGCCGCCCCCCCGGUCCGCCUCUCCCUUCAGUCUCCUCCUGAGAAGGUGGGGGUGUUUGUGGAUUACGAGGAGGGUCUGGUCUUCUUCUAUGACGUAGAUGCUGCAGCUCUGAUCUUCUCCUUCACCGGCUGCUCCUUCACCGAGAGGCUCCACCCGUUCUUUGAUCCGGGUCUUAACGAUGAUGGAGAAAACUUCGCCCCGUUGAUCAUCACCCCCGUCAGACACAUGGAGUAAAAUAAAACUGCUCAUUUUUCUUCACAAAACAGACCGAACAGCCAUGAUUAUAUUAUAUCCCGUUAGGGUGGAUUAUCUGGUUAACAUGACCACUUUGAGCUACUUCACGGACUCAAAGUGCACAAACAGCUUGUUUAAAAUGUAUAUGGAGGAUAUCUGUGUUAUUUCUGCUGCUUAAGCUCAUCAUGGCUCAAACGUCAUAAAACCAUACCUGAUAAAAACAUUAGUCUGGUUUCUGUUCACCAGUGAGAUAAUCUAAAUCCGUCUUUGGAAUCACCAGUUUGAGGUGAAUGAACACUUUCACCAGCAGUUGCCGAUAUUGCCUAUUUUUCUGUGAUUGUAAUUCAGUAGAGGAAGUAGUUUUCCUAAAAUAAUAAACAUGUUAAAUACUUUAUAACUGAGCCAUCAUACUUUGAGUUGUGUACCAUUACUAUUUAAAUAAUGUCACCAUUUUAGUUUAUUUAACAUCUAAUCAGUAAAAUGUAUAUUGAGAUAUGAAAAUAUUAAGAUCGUUGGAAGGGAAGCAGGAGUGCUGAUGAUCCUACAGCGCCCCCAACUGUCAGGGGUGUAACUGCAAGGCAAAAAGUUAAAUAUUCAGAUUUUAGUACAUAAAUCAGCUAAAAACCAGUUCUUUCUAAAACUUCUUAAAUCUAGCUUUUUAUUUGUUUAUUUAUUUAUGUUUUGGUUUGAGAAUUUUACAAAGUGUUGUUUGUGUGACGUAUACAUGAGAGGCAUGAAGAAAACAUCAGUUACCUGGGGACAAGUGUAGCAGCUGUUUACACUCGUUGUGUUAUAAAUUACUCAUGGAAAGUCUUCGUUUGGCAUCUCUUAAGUCAUUUAUUCCAGCAUCUAGCAAUCAAAGACACCUCAGCUCUCUCUCACAGCAAGAAGCUCUAAAGACAUGACAGAUCUGCAGAAGCCCUGCUAGGCACCCAUAGGGCCGGCCCUGGGCAUAGGCGACCUAAGUGGUCGCCUUGGGCACCAUCUGUUGGACGGGGCG